AUGCCGGUCGCCCGCUCCGACCCGCAGAACCCGGCGCCGCCUCCGGCCUCGCAGGCGCAGGAUGCCCAGGCGCCGCCGCCGCACGGGGAACGGCAGUACCUGGGGCAGGUGGAGCAUAUUCUCCGCAGCGGGGUCCGCAAGGACGACCGCACGGGCACCGGGACCCUGUCGGUGUUCGGCAUGCAGGCGCGCUACAGCCUCCGAGAUGAAUUUCCUCUGCUGACAACCAAACGUGUGUUCUGGAAAGGUGUUUUGGAAGAGUUGCUAUGGUUUAUCAAGGGAUCCACAAGUGCUAAUGAACUAUCAUCUAAGGGAGUGAAAAUUUGGGAUGCCAAUGGGUCCCGAGAGUUCUUGGACAGCCUGGGAUUCUCCACCAGAGAAGAAGGGGAUUUAGGCCCAGUUUAUGGCUUUCAGUGGAGGCACUUUGGAGCAGAAUACAAAGAUAAAGAUUCAGAUUAUUCAGGUCAAGGAGUAGACCAGCUGCAAAAAGUGAUCGACACAAUCAAAACCAACCCUGAUGACAGAAGAAUCAUCUUAUGUGCUUGGAAUCCAAAAGACCUUCCUCUCAUGGCCCUACCUCCAUGCCAUGCACUUUGCCAGUUCUACGUGGUAAAUGGUGAGCUUUCCUGCCAGCUGUACCAGAGAUCAGGAGACAUGGGGCUGGGUGUGCCCUUCAACAUUGCCAGCUACGCUCUUCUCACCUACAUGAUUGCACACAUCACAGGCCUGAAGCCAGGUGACUUUGUACAUACGUUGGGAGAUGCACAUAUUUACCUGAAUCAUGUUGAGCCACUGCAAAUUCAGCUUCAGCGAGAACCAAGACCUUUUCCCAAGCUCAAAAUCCUUCGUAAAGUUGACAGAAUCGAUGACUUCAAGGCUGAAGAUUUUCAGAUUGAAGGGUAUAAUCCUCAUCCAUCUAUUAAAAUGGAAAUGGCAGUUUAA